AGGCUUGUUGUCCUUUUGAGGGAGUUUCACGUGUCUCCAUUUGGCACCAGACGCAUCUGUCAUCAACCGUUACUGGGUGCCUGGAGCUGCCAAAGUCAUGCCAGCCGGGUUUCAGCAACUCGGAGUGGAGACAUUGACUGGAACCUUUGUUCUCUCAGUCUUCACUGCUGUCCUGGGAUCUCUCGAGUUUGGAUACAAUAUCGGAGUCAUCAAUGCACCUCAGAAGAUCAUUGAGCAGGAGUAUAACGCGACAUGGGUGCACCGGUAUGGAGAGCCCAUCCCCGCAGGGACCCUCACCUCCCUCUGGUCCCUGUCCGUGGCCAUCUUCUCAAUUGGUGGCAUGCUGUCCUCCUCCUGUGUGGGCUUCAUCUCCGAGUGGCUGGGCAGGUAGGGAAACACACAGGAUGCCCCAACUCUAAUUUAGAUAUUUCUACUGGAAUUGGCAGUUAUUUAGUCUGUGUCCUGUUGCCUGAACCCAAGUUCAUCAAAACCAUUA